AUGGCCUCCUCAAGCUCGGUCAAGGACUUGUGCAAGGUCAUCACAGCCUACCUAGCAGAGCCUGCAUUACCGCUGCCGGACGACGUCAAGGCUGCCAUCGACGCUUACCUCGACAAGCACGAAAUCUACGACGACGCCGUUGCCGAUCGACUCCAGGAAGAGCUUGUCGCGAUCUUUGAAAAAUACGUCCGAGGAAAUGUAUCCGCCACUGGAUCUUGGAUGGCUGUCCUGCGGCGCAUCCAGACGGCCUUGCAAAGCCCGGAAAAGGUGCUCUUCUGGUUUGAUGCCUGCCAGCACAUACUCGACAAUACACCCUUGGACAAGGCCGUUGUCAAGGAGACAAUUGCUGCCAUGAUGAACACGGCGCUAUUGGCCGAGAAGCUGCAGGAUUCUUUCGAGGGAGACUUGAUACCCAAUCCUAUCAUAGACCGACUCCUCACGAUUUGGAUAGACAACUUCUAUCCUGCCCAUAUCGAGGGGAAUAAAUCUUUGGAGCACAAUGAGCAGCUUCUCAGAGAAGCAUUAGGUCAAUUUGGUAGAAGAAAACCAAAAGAGUUCUUUGCGUCGCUCAACAAAAUCUUUGUAAAGAAGGAACAUCGCAAGCCGCUCCUAAGAUUCUUCUGCGCUUUUAUUCAGGGACAGCCACCUCAUUUGUACCAAAUUCUCGAGACACAACUAUGGACUAGUCUGCUGCUGUGCUUGCAGCUUGAUACAUCCACUACAGUGGUGUCUGCAGCGUUGACUGCUCUCAUUAUGCUGCUUCCACACAUGCCGAGCGACCUGGUACCCCAUUUGCCGACGCUAUUUAACAUAUAUGCUCGGUUGUUAUUUUGGGAACAAGAACGCUCCGGCUCUAUUGAGAUGGCCUCUCUGGAUCCUGCCCACACAGCAAGCUGGCCCCCGUGCGAGUAUGAGCCCGACUCUGAGGACUUGAACAUAGGUCAUCUCGGGCAGUAUUUUUCCGUACUAUAUGGACUUUACCCCAUCAACUUCAUGGAUUACAUUCGGAAACCACAACGCCAUCUCCGUCACGCCGAAACUUCAGACUCUAGCAGCAUCGAAGUACAGCCUACAGAGAUUAGGUAUCACUCUGAGCAGUUCUGCAGCGUCCAUGUGCUUCAUCCCAACUUUUAUACGUUGACCAUUGAAUCCGAAAAGACGGAUUUCACGAGAUGGAUGAAAUGUGAAGCCGCCGAAGUCGUCGCUGGGUGUAUGGGACUACGCACGACUACCGAGGCUGAUCCCUUCUCCGACGGUCCCCUGCCGCCUGUUCAGUCAAUUGAUCCUAUUACCUCGCCGGAUGUUUGCGAAGAGCCUCAACGUGUGACAUCUGACCCGUCGCUUCUGAGCAGCAGCAAGGUGGACAAUUGGCGUAAAGCUCAGUUCUCUUGCGCCGAUUCCGUGUCAAGCGACCGAACGCCGUCCAUGAUGCUGCGCAGGGGUUCCCAGUCCAGCCAACCCUCGAACAGAGAGUCACCAUCCCACACGCAGCUACAAGAUAUGAUCAAGUCGAACAAGACAAUCAAAUCCGGGCUCCAUCAGUCCCUCGCCAACGAUAGUGCUGCUUCACUGGCUCUGAGUCACCCUGAUUCGAAUGCCGACAGAUCGCUGAAAGAUUCCAUGCCGCCGCCUCCUCUACCGCCCACAUCUGGUGCCAUCCCGUUGCCAAACAUUGAUGCCCAUACUCAAGUGGUUCAACUCCAACGUCGCGUGUUGCUUUUAGAAAAUGAUUUGAGCUUCGAGCGUUACUUGAAACAACAGCACAUGACGCACAUUGGAGACCUACGACGCCGUCGUGUUGUGGAAGCUGCCACAGAAGCGGAGACACAAAAUCUACUCAUGACGAACCGCCAGCUCAAGAACCGAUACGAGGAGGCCAAGAAGGCCGAGAUGCAAGUGCGGAAGGAGUCGGAAAAGAGUCGCACCAUGGCUAAGAAGUGGGAGACUGACUUUUACAACAAGUUGAAGAACAUGCGAGAAGAAUCCAAGAAGACGGCCGCAGAGUUGGAGGAGCGGGAAAAGGAGCUUGCAGCAUCCAAAGAAGAAGCCAACAAGCUGCGAAUGCUUCUGUGCGAUGCCGAGGUCAAGGAGCUCAACUGGAAGCAGAAUGUGCAGUCGAUUGAGAUCCACGACGUCGAGAUGGAGCGCCUUCGUGAGGAGGUCAAUCGACUGACUGUAACAGAGCGAGAUUUUCAGGCCAAGGACCUGGAGAGGCAGGAAGCUAUGAACAGAUCAGCCGAGACCCAGAAUAAAUUGGAAGAGCUGCAGAUGAAGCUGACAGCUCAAGAAGCUGAAGUUCAGCGAAUCAAGAGACUCUUCCAAAGCCAGCUGGCUGCUUUGCAAGAACAGCUGUCAGCGAGACAAGAGGAGCGAUCACGGCCGGGGGCCAACUCUGACCUCGCAAUCGAAUCAUCGUUGGCUGGCAGCCGAGCGAAGCAGGCAGAAAUGCAAAAGCAGUUUGAUCUGUUGCAGCGCAAAUAUACAAAACUGCAAUCGUCGCUGCUGGACAUGAGCUCGUCGGCACCGGCUCCUAUCAAUACAUCUGGAGGAGGGGAUCGCGACGGCAGCGACUAUCUGUCAACAUCGGCAAGCCCUGUCAUGAUGAGAGCCGCGACACACGGUCCAUCCGACGCAGAUGUGAAUCCAUAUCAAGUGACGCCGCCUUUGGACCCCAAAAUCGGGGCAGCUCUGACUGCGAUACCGAGUCCCAAGGGUAAAGGCCGUGAGGAGGCGGCAGGGCCAUCCCGAAGUCCUGACCAGAGGCAUUUCGCAGGUUUACACAGUCGACUAAGACGGGAUGGCGGAGACAAGGGCAAAGACGAAGGUGGCAUCUCAUCGAGCAAGCCCAAGAAGGAGAAGAGAUCCACAUUGCGAGGAAUUCGUGGAUUUGUUUAG